UUUAGUCGCAUGUCUGUAGUAAGGAUAGACUUUUACCCUGGUCUUGAGAUUAAGGAAAGACGGACGGACGACAGUGGAAAUUUAUAGGAGAUGGCAACACUUGUCUGUAGUAAACGAAGGAGUCUCGAACAAGUUUGUUCGUGGUCUGCUGAUAUUUGAUGACAAAAAUAUAUUUAUUUCGGAAAAAAUGGCUUCGACUUCGAAUCCAAACCAGUCUUUAGCAUCUAAAAUCGAAGGAUUUGAUUUUCCGUUUUGUGACGAAGUGACCAAGUAUGAGAAAAUCGCAAAAAUAGGACAAGGUACCUUCGGUGAAGUUUUCAAAGCGUGUCACAGACAAUCGAGAAAGAUGGUGGCUUUGAAAAAAGUUCUAAUGGAGAAUGAGAAAGAAGGUUUCCCUAUAACAGCUUUAAGAGAAAUAAAGAUACUACAAUUAUUAAAACACGAAAAUGUCGUCAGUUUAUUAGAAAUAUGCCGAACGAGAGCUAGCAGCUUUAAUCGUUUUAAAGCUACGUUCUAUUUAGUAUUUGACUUUUGUGAACACGAUUUAGCUGGAUUAUUGAGUAAUGUUAAUGUUAAGUUUUCUCUAGGAGAAAUCAAAAAAGUAAUGCAACAAUUAUUAAAUGGACUUUAUUUCAUACAUAGCAAUAAAAUACUACAUAGGGAUAUGAAAGCAGCCAAUAUACUCAUCACCAAAAAUGGAGUGCUCAAACUGGCGGAUUUUGGUCUGGCAAGAGCUUUCAGCAUUAGUAAAACCGGUCAGCCGAAUAGAUAUACCAACCGUGUCGUCACCCUCUGGUAUCGGCCUCCGGAAUUGUUAUUGGGGGAGAGGAAUUAUGGCCCUCCCGUCGACAUGUGGGGAGGAGGAUGCAUCAUGGCAGAAAUGUGGACAAGGAGCCCAAUCAUGCAGGGAAACAGCGAGCAGCAUCAACUAACUUUGAUCAGUCAGUUGUGUGGUUCGAUAACGCCCGAAGUCUGGCCCGGUGUAGAAAAGUUAGAAUUGUACAAUAAGUUAGAAAUUCUCAAAGGUCAGAAAAGAAGAGUCAAGGAAAGGUUGAAAGCUUACGUAAAAGAUCCAUAUGCUUUGGAUCUUCUCGAUCGGUUAUUGACUUUGGAUCCAAGCAAACGAAUGGACAGCGACAACGCAUUAAACCAUGACUUUUUCUGGACCGAUCCCAUGCCUUGUGAUUUAGGUAAAAUGUUAUCUCAGCACACACAUUCGAUGUUUGAAUAUUCUGUUCAAAGAAGAAGAGUAGUCCAGCAACCUCAUCCUGGUCAGGGACCACAUCCUAAACCUCUGCAGACUUCGACAACUGAUGGCCAGUACCACGAUCGUGUCUUCUAAUGCAUCGACUUAGUUAAUUCUAAUAACUUAAACUGUGAUAAUUAUGUACUACCUUAUAAGCCUUUAUAUACAUGAUUAUUAUUAACAUUAAAGUUCAUUUGUUUUUUGAAAUUAAAGUUCAUUUU